AUGAAGCAAGGUGUCACCUACACUAGGUCUGCAAAAGUUUCUAACUCAAACUUACCAUGGAUCGAAAAAUAUCGACCCAAGUCCUUAGAUAAUAUAAGUGCUCAAGAAGAGACUUUAAUGACUUUGAGAAAUUCCAAAGAUAAUUUACCUCACAUGUUAUUUUACGGGCCUCCGGGAACUGGGAAAACUUCUACGAUCUUGGCGCUUGCACGCGAACUUUUCGGUCCGGAAUUGAUGAAAACUCGUGUUUUAGAAUUAAAUGCCUCGCAUGAGCGUGGAAUUGAUGUGAUUAGAGAAAGGGUAAAGAACUAUGCUCGAUCAUUUAUUAUUAACGAUAUUAAUAAAAAAGGUCCAGGGUUUAAAAUUAUAAUCUUGGAUGAAGCAGAUUCUUUAACAAAAGACGCCCAAGAAGCUUUGAGACGCACGAUGGAAAAGUAUUCCGAACUUACCCGGUUUUGUCUCAUUUGCAAUCAAGUAUCUUGCAUUAUUCCAGCGCUGAAAUCUCGUUGUACAUUAUUUCGGUUCAAGAACAUUGGCACUGAAAAUAUGAGAAAUCGUCUUGCUUAUAUUUGCGAGCAGGAAGGAAUUAAUUAUCAUCAAGAGACACUGGAUGAAUUGAUCAAAGGCUCUCAAGGAGAUCUAAGAAAAGCGAUUACUUGGCUUAACAAUGCAUCUAAACUUCACAUAAAUGAUAAAGUCACGGUCGAAACAAUCAAAGAAACUGCCGGUAUUGUACCAGACGAUGUAAUUAAUGGUUUAAUGGAAUGUGCUGCGAGCAAAUCUUAUGACACGAUUCAAGAGACUGUUAGCGACGUUAUUGCAUCCGGAUAUUUUGCAAAGCAGAUAAUAGAACAGGUUUUCUUUCAAGUUCUCAAAGAUUUACGAUUUAAUGAAAAGCAUAAAUUUAAUAUAGGAGAAAGUUUAGGAAUAAUAGACAAACGCUUGGCUGAUGAAUUAAAAACUAUAAUAGAUAAAACUGAAAGAAUUCUCACACAUUUUAAAAAUUGUCAAAAUUUUCAAAAUGCAUAUAGUCAACAAGAAAAAGAAGAAAUAUUCGCUCUUGAUAAUAAAAAACAAAAAGUUAAUUUAGAUGACGAGAUUUUAUUAGAUAUUGAAUCUGAUUUAAUUGAAGAUGACUCCGAGGAUCAAAAUGAUGAAAAUUUAGAGAUAGAUCUUACUUCAAAAUUCAAUGAUCAUUUGAGUGAAUGGUUGGAUAUACUUCAGCAAGAGAUUAAUUCUGAAAAUGAGUUGGAUGAUGAUUUAUAUGAUUUUGAUAUAGAUAUCAAAAAUAUUGAGCAUUCAGCACAAAAUACUAAUGCAAAAUAG